AUGUCUUUCCAGAAGCCCGAGAAGGAUUUCGGCGAGGGCCCUAAGGUCCACAAGAUCCGUAUCACCCUGACCUCCCGCAAGGUUGCCUCCCUCGAGAAGGUCUGCCAGGAGCUCAUCGACCGUGCCCGCUCCAAGUCCCUCCAGGUCAAGGGUCCCGUCCGUCUCCCUACCAAGACCCUUCAGAUCUCCACCCGCAAGACCCCCAACGGUGAGGGUUCCAAGACCUGGGACAAGUACGAGAUGCGCAUCCACAAGCGUCUGAUUGACCUCCUCGCCCCCACUGAGACCGUCAAGCAGAUCAUCAUCAACAUCGAGGCCGGUGUUGAGGUUGAGGUUACCAUUGCCGCUUAA